AUGAGCGGAACCUUCUACAAUCAUCCCCCACGCAAUCACGACACCUACUUUUCUACAUCACCAUUAAUUAUGUACUGGAACGGUGUUUACUACCCCAAUUGGCGCAUCUAUCGCGACCAACCACCAGCCACAUUAAAUUAUAAUGUCAUUUCUCACGUCUUCUACGCCUUUGCCUGGGUCAAGGAAGAUGGCACAGUAUACCUCAGCGACGAAUGGGCAGAUGCUCAAAUCGAAGUGCCAGGCUACGAGGAUGUUCCCGCUACCAAGGGCUGCUUGAACUCCCUGGCCGAACUGAAGAAGAAGUAUACCAGACUGCGAGUGGUGCUUUCGGUCGGCGGUGGCGGCGAGGGCAGCAAGCCUUUUGCCGGAGUCGCUCGAGACCCAGCUAAGCGCGAUCAAUUUGCACGAUCAUCGUUGGAGCUAGUCCAGCGAUUCGGAAUCGAUGGAAUCGACAUCGAUUGGGAGCAUCCUGAAGAUAGAAGCCAGGGCGAGGACUACAUUGCCCUGCUGGCGGCACUACGACAGUAUCUACCUGGACCUCAAUACACCUUGUCUUCGGCCCUCCCUGCUGGAGAGUGGGCUCUGCAACACAUCAACCUACACCAGGCCUCCUACUACCUGGAUAUGAUCAACCUCAUGGCCUACGACUACUCUGGCCCUUGGGUGAGUAAAUGCGGUCAUCAAGCUCAGCUCUUCACGCCUCAAUCUCCGCAUAGCGCAGAAGCUGCAAUCUCCUGUCAUUCUGCCGUCUCGUACAUGAUGCGGCAGGGAGUGCCACCCAACAAAAUUAUUCUGGGUGUGCCUGCUUACGGCCGAUCGUUCACUGGGACGCGCGGGGUGGGACAUUCGUUCUCUGGUCAGGCAGGAGAAGAGGGCACUUUUGAGUACCGGGAUCUGCCUCGACCUGGCUCUGAAGAACAUGUCGAUGAGCGCGUUGGUGCAGCCUACUGCAUGGGCGGCGAUGGCGGUUUUGUCACCUAUGACAACCCUCAAACGGUCAAGAUGAAAGCCAACUACGUGCGACAGACUGGACUAGGAGGUCUUUUCUACUGGACUGGAACUGGUGAUGCAAGUUCUAUCACAGAGAAAGACCGCAGUCUGGUGUGGAACGGUUUUCUCGGCCUCUUCCCGCAGCAGUCUUGA